AUGGCGAAAGCUCGUACCAAAAAGCGCACUCACGUUCGUGCGCAAAAUGCGUCGGCCAGCGCCAGAGGCAGCAGCGCAUCAUCGAUGAACAAACCCCCGAAAUCUAUGGUUAUCCGAGUCGGCGGCUCUCAAGUCGGUUCCAGUGUCAGCCAGCUGGUCAAGGAUGUUCGUUUGAUGAUGGAGCCGGACACAGCUGUGCGAUUGAAGGAACGCAAAUCAAAUAGGCUGAGAGAUUACACGACCAUGACUGGCCCUCUGGGUGUCACACAUCUUAUGCUUUUCUCGAAAUCGGCUACAGGGAACACAAAUAUGCGUUUGGCUCUCACGCCGCGCGGCCCAACCCUUCAUUUCAAAGUUGAGAAGUACUCUUUGUGCAGAGACGUUGAGAAGGCUUUGAAACGCCCAAGAGGUGGAGGUCAAGACCAUAAAACACCGCCUCUUCUGGUGAUGAACAAUUUCAACUCCCCAAAUGCAGACGAGAAUUCCAAGGUUCCAAAACGCCUCGAGACUCUCACCACAUCGGUCUUCCAGUCUCUUUUCCCCCCGAUCAACCCGCAAGCUACCCCCCUCUCUUCCAUCCGCCGCGUCAUGCUACUGAACAGAGAACUCUCGUCCGACUCGCAAGAAGAAAAAGAAGACUCCUACGUUAUCAAUCUGCGACACUACGCAAUUGCUACGAAAAAGACCGGCGUCUCAAAGCGUAUUCGUCGUCUAGAUCCUAAAGAAGUUCGCAACAAGGAGAAGAAAGGCUCUGCGGUCCCUGAUCUCGGAAAGCUAGAGGACGCCGCUGACUACCUGCUGGAUCCGUCCGCUGCAGGCUAUACCUCUGCCAGUGAGACCGAACUGGACACCGAUGCGGAGGUUGAGAUCGCGGAGAGCACUACGAAGAAGGUCUUGACGAAGAGAGAGAUGCAGCGCAUGAAAACGGGGGAGAGAGAAAAGGCUCAGAAGAAGCUCAAUGCAGCUCCGGGCGUCGAGAAGCGUGCGGUGAAGCUGGUUGAAUUAGGACCCCGUCUCAAACUCCGGCUCAUGAAGGUCGAGGAAGGUCUGUGUGAAGGGAAAGUGAUGUGGCAUGAGUUCAUCAACAAGACUGAAGAGGAGAUCAAAUCUCAGGAGAAGACCUGGGAACAGAGGAAGAAAGAAAAGGAGGCGAGGAAGAAGCAACAAAAGGAGAACAUUGAGAAGAAGAAGCAAGAAAAAGCGAAAGCCCGGGCUAAUGGAAAAGGCGAGGAUGAGGAUGAGGAUGACGAAGAUGAAUGGCUCAGUGAUGACUCUGAUGAAGACGAAGAUAGGGAGGAUAAGGAUGGCGACGACGAUGAGUCCAUGGAGGAGUAA